AUGGGAGCCCGUAGUGCCAUCGAGUCCAUGCAUGGGCCUGUUGGUCCCAUCCUAGGCCCUCCGCUGAGUGCACAGGAACUGGAAUCAAGCACGCCUAUCAUGGCUGCACCGACCCCAGUCCCAGGGGCUCACAUCACUCCGGUCGUGCGCACUGGAUCACCGCCUAUCAAGCGCACCCAGUCCAACAGCUCACUUGCUGCUGCCGAGGACUCAGCUGCGGUUGCCUUCGACCUUGGCACACCUGACGAGGGCUCCCCUGACUUCGUUGCACCUGACCUCGACCCCAUUGUCAAGGCGAUGAGGACACUGGCAAGCAGCACAUCCACGGCACCUGCGGCUGGUAGCCGUGAGGCGGGACUGGAGGCUGGCACUGACAAGGUGACUGCCACAACUGGGACUGAGGAGGCAAGUGUUCCCAGCACUCCUUUGACCCCACCUGACCUCAAGAUGAAGGGACAAGUUGAGCAGAGUGACGCCGAGACCGUUGCAAGCAGUGCUGCGACUGCGGGCGAUGUGCCAGAUGCUGGUGAUAUCCUGUACGAGAUUCUCACGACUCUUGCCGAGGGAUACGAUCCUCAGACUGCACCAGGCGCAAGGAGGCUGUUACAAUCAACGCUGGAACUCCCUUGA